AUGCUCGGCGAAGAUGGCAUUCACGUCGACAUGAACCACCUCAAGUCUGGCGAGGUCAACUUGGGUACCUCGAUCAUGGCAAUCAACUUCAAGGACGGUGUCAUUCUCGGCGCCGACAGCCGCACAACCACCGGUGCUUACAUCGCCAACCGAGUCACCGACAAAUUGACACAGGUGCAUGACACCAUCUGGUGCUGUCGAUCUGGCUCGGCCGCCGACACCCAAGCCGUGGCCGACAUUGUCUCCUACCACCUCAACAUGUACGGCGUCACAAACUCCGAGGCGCCCACCACCCAGGUGGCUGCUUCGCUUUUCCAGGAACUGUGUUAUGAGAACAAGGAUGCAUUGAGUGCGGGUAUCAUUCUCGCUGGUUGGGACGCACGACACGGUGGUCAGGUGUACUCGAUACCUUUGGGAGGAUCCCUUCACAAGCAGUCGUUCGCCAUCGGUGGUUCUGGAUCGACCUACAUCUACGGUUAUACCGAUGCCCACUGGCGGGAACAGAUGACGGAGCAAGAGGGCAUUGACUUUGUGCGGAGCGCCCUGCAAGAGGCAAUCAAAUGGGAUGGUAGCUCUGGUGGUGUCAUUCGCCUUGUGGUGUUGACCAAGAACGGCGCCGUCAGACAUCUCUAUCUGCCGGAUAACGGCUACACUGGGCCGGGUGUGACGAAUUAA